CUCAGUCAGUUUGCUCGGCGGCUGGAGCAGAGAGCGCCCGGAGUCGCGGGAGCGCGAAGACCCCGGUGGCGGCGGCGGCGGAACCGGCAGAGCGAGGGCGAGGCGCACCCCCCCCCCCCAUACAGCAGCGCACUCGGUGUCCCGCGCAGGGUCGCGAUGCUGCCUACUUUGGUCCUGGUCCUGCUGGCCGCCUGGACGGCUCGGGCGCUGGAGGUGCCCACUGAUGGCAAUGCCGGCCUGCUUGCAGAACCCCAGGUUGCCAUGUUCUGUGGCAAACUGAACAUGCACAUGAAUGUGCAGAAUGGAAAAUGGGAGUCAGACCCAUCAGGGACCAAAACCUGCAUUGGCACGAAGGAAGGCAUCCUGCAGUACUGCCAACAAGUCUACCCUGAACUUCAGAUUACCAAUGUGGUGGAAGCCAACCAACCAGUGACGAUCCAGAACUGGUGUAAGAGGGGCCGCAAGCAGUGCAAGACCCACGCCCACAUCGUCAUUCCCUACCGCUGCUUAGUUGGCGAGUUUGUAAGUGAUGCCCUCCUUGUUCCUGACAAGUGCAAAUUCUUACACCAGGAGAGGAUGGACGUUUGUGAAACUCACCUUCACUGGCACACUGUGGCCAAAGAGACUUGCAGUGAGAAGAGCACCAACUUGCACGACUAUGGCAUGUUGCUGCCCUGUGGAAUUGACAAGUUCCGAGGGGUGGAGUUUGUAUGUUGCCCACUGGCCGAAGAAAGUGACAAUAUCGAUUCAGCAGAUGCGGAGGAGGAUGACUCAGAUGUCUGGUGGGGCGGAGCAGACGCAGACUACACAGAUGGGAGUGAAGACAAAGUAGUGGAAGUCACAGAGGAAGAGGAAGUGGCUGAAGUUGAGGAUGAUGAAGAUGAUGAGGAUGGUGAUGAGGUCGAGGAAGAGGCUGAGGAACCCUAUGAAGAGGCCACAGAGAGAACCACCAGCAUCGCCGCCACCACCACCACCACCACCACCGAGUCUGUGGAAGAGGUUGUACGAGAGGUAUGCUCAGAACAAGCAGAGACCGGGCCAUGCCGAGCAAUGAUCUCCCGCUGGUACUUUGAUGUGACAGAGGGGAAGUGCGCCCCCUUCUUUUACGGCGGAUGUGGAGGCAACCGGAACAACUUUGACACAGAGGAGUACUGCCUGGCCGUGUGUGGCAGCGUCAUGUCCCAAAGUUUACUCAAGACCACCCAGGAACCUCCCCAAGAUGCUGUUACACUUCCUACCACAGCAGCAAGCACCCCUGAUGCUGUUGAUAAGUAUCUUGAGACUCCCGGAGAUGAGAAUGAACAUGCCCAUUUCCAGAAGGCCAAAGAACGCCUGGAGGCCAAGCACCGUGAAAGAAUGUCCCAGGUCAUGAGAGAAUGGGAAGAGGCAGAACGUCAAGCCAAGAACUUGCCUAAAGCUGAUAAGAAGGCAGUUAUCCAGCAUUUCCAGGAGAAAGUGGAGUCUCUCGAGCAGGAAGCAGCCAAUGAGAGACAGCAGCUGGUAGAGACACACAUGGCCAGAGUGGAAGCCAUGCUCAAUGACCGCCGCCGCCUGGCUCUAGAGAACUAUAUCACCGCUCUGCAGGCUGUUCCCCCUCGGCCUCGUCAUGUGUUCAACAUGCUGAAGAGGUAUGUCCGAGCUGAACAGAAAGACAGACAACACACCCUAAAGCAUUUUGAACAUGUACGCAUGGUGGACCCCAAGAAAGCUGCUCAGAUCCGGUCCCAGGUUAUGACUCAUCUCCGUGUGAUUUAUGAGCGCAUGAACCAGUCUCUCUCCCUGCUCUACAAUGUACCUGCAGUGGCCGAGGAGAUUCAGGAUGAAGUUGAUGAACUGCUACAAAAGGAGCAAAACUACUCGGAUGAUGUCUUGGCCAACAUGAUCAGCGAACCCAGAAUCAGUUACGGAAAUGAUGCACUCAUGCCAUCUUUGACAGAAACGAAAACUACGGUGGAGCUUCUUCCCGUGAAUGGGGAGUUCAGCCUGGAUGAUCUCCAGCCCUGGCAUCCUUUUGCCGCCGACUCUGUGCCUGCCAAUACAGAGAAUGAAGUUGAGCCUGUUGACGCCCGCCCUGCCGCCGACCGAGGACUGACCACCCGACCAGGUUCAGGGUUGACAAACAUCAAGACUGAAGAGAUCUCUGAAGUGAAGAUGGAUGCAGAGUUCCGACAUGAUGCAGGAUAUGAAGUUCAUCAUCAAAAACUGGUGUUCUUUGCAGAAGAUGUGGGUUCAAACAAAGGUGCCAUCAUUGGACUCAUGGUGGGCGGUGUUGUCAUAGCAACAGUGAUUGUCAUCACCUUGGUGAUGCUGAAGAAGAAGCAGUACACAUCCAUCCAUCAUGGCGUGGUGGAGGUGGACGCUGCUGUGACCCCAGAGGAGCGCCACCUCUCCAAGAUGCAGCAGAACGGCUAUGAAAACCCAACUUACAAGUUCUUCGAGCAGAUGCAGAACUAAACCACCGCCACAGCAGCCUCCGAAGUUGGACAGCGAAAACCAUUGCUUCACUACCUAUCGGUGUUCAUUUCUAGAAUAACGUGGAAAGAAACAACCCCCUUCUCUUUCAUUAUUUACUCAUUAUAUUGCCUUUUGACAGCCGUGCUGUAACACGAGUAGAUGCCUGAACUUGAAUCAAUAUACAAAUCAGCAAUGUAAUCUCUCUCACUUUACAUUUUGGUCGCCUACACUACAUGAUUAAUGGGUUUUGUGUACUGUAAGGAACUUAGCUGUCUCAGACUAGUGCAUGAAUAGAUCCUCUCCAGAUUAUUUAUCUCGUAGCCUCUUAGCCAAUUGUAUAUUAUCCUCGUGGUUUGUGAGCCAGUUAAGUCCUACUCGAACUAUGCUUUAAGACUCGAGGGACGCUUCGUGUGAACGUGGGAGUCCAGCUGCUUCUCUUGCCUAAGUAUUCUUUUCCUGAUGACUAUGCAUUUUCAAGUUAAGGGUUUUUUCUUUCUUUUUUUUUUUCUUUUAGUAUUCCAAAUGGUUUAGAGACUUUUGUUAUCCCAUAGUUGCAUCUCACUGUACAGAUUGCUGCUUCCGCUGUAUUUGUGAUACAGAACUAUGAGAAUACACGUUUAUUUCUUUGUGCCUGUUUUAUGUGCACACGUUAGGCAUUGAGAAUCAAGACUUUUUGGGUCCAUGUAUCUUCCAGCUCUUUGAUAAAAGAAGAGAACCCCUGUUCAUUGUAAGCACUUUUACUGGUGAGGGUGGGGCGGGAGGGGCGGGGGAACUCCGCUGGUCUCAAAUCACUUAAGAAUUCUCCCCCAAAAUUUUCUGCAGGUUGAUUGUACAGAAUCAUUGCUUAUGAACGUGAUAGCUUUCUACACUGUAUUACAUAAAUAAAUUAAAUAAAAUAA